ACACGAUGCUCUUAAAAAUUAGACCUCCUGAACAUGCUGGCUAUAAAAUGAUAUUAAAGCUGCUGGUGGCGCUUUGAUGUUCGUUAGUUUAAAUUUGCAUUUUGUGCUAUACACAUUGGAUAUUAAAAAAUAAGAGAUAAAAAAAAUGUUGAUUAGAAGUGCAGUAGUGAUUUUAGCAAUUUUUAUUGCCAGUGCUAGUUCAACAUGUGAAAGAGACAGAAAUGUGCAGUUCCAGAAUCCACUUUAUUUGCUUUUUGAUAAUGGAUUCUUUUACAUUCAAGGAUUAUCAAAUGGAGAAGCUGUAGUUAUGUACAAGCAUCCUGAUGAUGCAAGAGUCUUUGGUCAAUAUACUUUUAAGGAUGAGAGAUGUUUCUACGAAACUGUGUAUUAUUAUGUCCAAAACGGAAAAUAUGAAUUUACAAACCCUUAUGUAAGCGAUGAGUCAAGCUUUAAUGUAACUAAUAAACUUAAUUUUGUGACCAAUGGAAAUGGCUUUGAAAUUGAAUACAGCAUAAGUUCAAAUGGAAUUGGAAUCUUCCACAAUUUGGGACAAAAUGCCGAAAGAAAAAUUUUGUCUGAACCUAUAAUAAAGAAAUCUCCAGCACCUUUCGGUCCAGUUCGUGAGAUUUUCCCAAGUUUCGCAAAUAUUGGCAAGCAGAACUUAAAAGUGAGCUACUUAAAGAAUGGAGAGAACUUUGUCCAAUUCAUCAUCAACCGCAAUCAAUUUGCAUCAAUUGAAGGAUCAUACACAUUAAGAACAUCAGACAGACGAUACCACACAGUUGUUUACGAAAUUCCACUUAAUGAUUUUGAUUAUGUUGGCAUGUCUGUUAGAGAGUAUGAAGUCGCAACAGAGGAGAAUUUCUUCCGAACAGGCGUUGUCACUCUCAAUGUCAAUAAUGCUCCUAUGGACGUAAAAUUCUUUGUUGAUAAGAACGGAUUCCAUGUUAAUGAUCUUAAAAAGCCAGUAAGUCAAGUGCCAAAUCAAAAACAGCAACAAGGAGUUCAACGACCUUUCGGUCAAUUGCCAUUAGAUCCAAGAGUGAUCAACAGACCUCCAGUUAGUCAACAGCCUACUCAACAGCUACAAGCACCAGUUCAAAGUAAUAAUCAGCAAGUUGCGAGUCCUACAGCUAAGAAAGUAUAGAUAGAAAGCAUCUUCACAUUUUUAACAUUCCAUUAUUUUGAUAAUUUGGCAUUUAGAAAAGAUAACAUCAAUUUAUGUAAAUUAAGGAAUUUGUUUUGAUUUUAAGAUUUAAAAGUAAGCAAUAAAAAAAUGUUAAAUUUAUUUUUUUAUCAUUCAAAUCGACUGGUAUAAUUUUUUGAUAUUGCAUAAUUUAAAGCCUUUCUCUACAUUUCUAUUCAAUUUGACUUUCUUCUUGUGAUAUACACAAAUAAGUUUCUCGGGCAACGAUUCACUUGGUUAAUUUUUUUUCGUCGCUCAUUUACGGAUGCUCGGCAUGUUAUUAUGAAAUAGGAUUGAUUAAAUACAAAAGUUAAAUGCACCUGUUCGUCAUUAAUAUCAUAAAGGUUAUUGAUUGUGUAAAUGAAGAGGUCUCGAGAGGUUGAUGACUUUAUGUGAGCUGUUGGUGGUCUGAUCAGUCAAAUGUUUAGGAAUUGAGUUAAAUUUUUUCAAACAUUUUUUGGAAUUUAAAUUAAAGUUCAAAAUUCACAACGGUUUUUUGUAAUUUGAAUUAAAGUUCAAAAUGUGCAACGGUUUAUAGAAAUUUGAACUUAAGUUCAAAAUUUAUAACGGUUCUUGGGAAUUUGAAAUAAGGUUCAAAAUUUUUACAGAUUUUUUAAAACUCAUUUUCAAAUCAAAAACGACAGUUAUAAAUUUUCAAAAAUCCCACCAGCCCUAAAGUGAAUAGUUAAGCUCACGUGUAUUCAUUAAAAGCUGAUAAAGAUGCCACAAGAUAGUCAUCAAACCUCUUUAGCGCCUAAAUAAGAAAUUCUGUGAUGUUCUCUUUCUCCAAUGAUCUGGAAAAACAGGCUCUGAUGACUCUUCACUUUCUUUUGAUGUACUUGAGGUAUUUGUUUCUGAGAGACCCAGAAUUUUUCUGUAGUGUUCAAUUGGAUUAUAUUUAGCAAUUGCUUUCUUUUUGGGUGGCAGUGGAAUUUCUGUAUCAAUUUUGCCAGAUUGAUUGUGAUUGCUUAUGUCGUUUAUUACUUGGCUAGUAUUUGAAGUAGUCGUUUCAGUCUCUUUGUUGUCUAUUGAUUUUUCAUCAUUACUCUUCGUAAUGCUUUGAGGUGCUUGUUGUUGAUUAAUUUGAUUUUUAUUUGGAUUCCCAAUGGAUUGAAUUACAUUCACGCGAUUAUUUAUAACUGAUUGUGGCUGAAUAUCAAGUAUAAUUUCUUGUUCUGCUUCCUCCUGCACAGAUUCAUCAAUUAUUAAGUCAUUUGACUCAUCAUCGUCUGUUAUUUCGAUCUCAUCAAUCUCUUGAUUAACAUUUACAGUCUCGUGGACUUUAAUGCUGUCUUCGACAGUUACAAUGUGAUUGGACACUUCAUUUCUUGGAAUGUCAGUAUGAAGAUGACGAAUGUGUCUCAUUAUAUUGUCUUUUCGAGUACUAACGACUGAAUUGCAAAUCUUACAAUUAUAUUUUAUAUUCUUAUGGAUAUUCAUGUGCCUUUCAAGUGUCCUUUGAUUAAAAAAUCGCUUGAAGCAUUCUUUACAUUGAACCAUCGUUUUAUUCUGUGUGUGAAUCAUGUUGUGUGCUUGAAGGGAUGUCAGCCACUUGAACUUCUGAUUACAAACUGUGCAUGGAUAUGGAUAUUCAUCUGUAAGAAAAGUUCCAGUUUGUUAAUUUAAGGAGCUAGUUAAGGAAUACAAUAAUUACCUUUAUGAGUUAUUUGAUGCUUUCUUAGAUAAUCAGCUGACGUGAAUGUUUUUUCACAUUCCUUACAUUCGUAUAAUUUUUCAAUUUUCUUGUGCUUUGAGGCAAUAUGGAUCUGAUAUUUGCAUUUAUCGAUAAAGGUUUCCUUACAAUCCUCACAUAAAUACUUGAAUUUGCCUUUAUGGAUGUACAUGUGCUUCCUUAAACUUGAUUUUCUUUUAAAUUUCUUAUCGCAGUCUUGUUCAGUACAUUCAAACAGGCUGUGUGACUUGACAUGCUCGUCAAAAUUCGAUACCGGAAAACUUUUUUCACAAACUUGACAUUUUCUGGACCUUGUAUCUUCAUUUUUCUUACUGGAUGUCUUCUUAUUGAUUACUUCUACUUUCAGAUCAUUAUUGGUGCUUAAUAAUAGCGAUUCUUCAUGGCUAGGCCGCAAAACAAUUUGUUCAAGAAUUUUUACUUUUCCACUUUUUGUCUUUUGCUCAAUUUUAUCAUUUUUUAUGUAUUUUAUCGUUGAUUCUCCAUGUGUCUCGUUUGAACACGAUCUCGUCCAUUCAGCCUUUAUCUUGUGAUGUAUCAUAUGUGUAUCCAUUAUCCAUUUAAUUAAGGUUUUUCUUAAAAUUAAUGUAAAAAUAAUAAAAGUUGUUGCAAAAAUCGCGUUCAAAACAAACCGAGAUGAUCGAAUUUUACUUAAUUCAAAUUAUUUUAUUUCCGUUAUUUUUAAAAAGUUUAUUUAUUUUUUGUUUCUUAAAAUUUAAGAUGUGUAAAACUUUCUAGCCAUUCGCUUGCCUCCUUUCUGUUGUCCACCUCCACCUCCUUUUUUGCCUUUACCACCUUUUUUCUUACCCAUCAUUCUCUCCUUUUUCUUUUCACCACGCAUAUCUUUCUUUAAACGUGGAUCAACAACUUUAAAUCGUCCUUUGACACCAGCUGGUCUUCGUACUUUCUUUCCACCAGAGCUUGCCUUUUUAGCAACAACGUAUGAUAUUUCUUCCUUCUUUUUCUCAGUUUUCUUGUACAAUUUCUUUAUUAAUUUAAUCUUUUCUUGACCUGUUUGAUCAGCAUUUUCCAAAAUAUUCUCAGCUUUCUUUGUAAGUUUACUCAUUUGCUUCUUAGCUUGUCGCUUCUUACGUGCCUUUGCUUCCAUUACUUUCUUUAUUGAUCUUGUAUUAAAUUCUGUCAAGUUCUUACGAUAAUUUGCAACUAAUUCCUCUGAAACUGGCAUUGGCUUUCUCAUAGACUUCUUUUCAUCCUCAACAAACCAAUCAGGGAGAUUGUCAUCAUUAAACAUGUAACGAUUCCAUGCGCCGUCAACAACAUCACGUUUCAUUUUCUGGCUUGUUACCAUCAAUUGUCCCAAAGCCAAUUCUUCUUCAGUCAAUUUGAUUUUCUUUUGUUUGGGUUCCUUUUCGUGACUCUCAUCGUCUGAUUCUGGCAUAUUUAAAUUCUCUUCAACUUCAGAGUCUGAAUCGUCUGAUGAUUCUGCUUUCUUUUUUUCACCAUCUAACUCGUGUCGUGCACGUCGACGUGCCUUUUUGCCCAUCAGAGUUAAAUCUGGUUUUUUAUUUUCAUCUUCACCAAUAACUUUUACGCCCUUUUUCUUUAAAUCCUUUACCAAUGAAUUGAAAUCUAUGUCCUCAUCUUGAUCUUCAGUAUUUUUCAUAUUUUUAAAGAUAUCCUUUUCAAACCAGAGAUUUGCCUUUGCUGCUUUCUUUGCAUCCUUAUCACGAUAGUCCAAAUCCGUUAAGAGGGGAUUUUUCUUAUUUUUUCCGGAAACGGUACCUAUAAACAAGUAUGUAACGA